GGCUCUAAACAUUGCACUUUGCUUCUGCUCUUCUCUCUAUUCCCAUCAUGAGAACACCAUUCUUCCUUAAUGCCACGGUUCUUUGUCUCUUCUGGCUAACAAAGCAUAGAGUGGAUCCAUUUCAGCUGUCAGCUCCGAAGGUGGUAACUGCUGCAUAUGGAGGAUCUGUGACCGUCUCUUGUCAGUACAACAAUCGGUACAGAGAAAACAAAAAGUACUGGUGCAAAGGACAAAUAUAUGAACUGUGUCGCAUAGUGGUGAAAACACCCAUGAAACAAUCUAGUGACAGAAGCUCCAUUAUUGAUGAUAAGGAAGCAGGAGUCUUCACCAUUACUAUGACUUCAAUUGGAGAAAGUGAUCAGGAUAUGUACUGGUGUGUCAUCGCCACAUCUGGAAGGAAUAUCCACACUGGCAUCAAGAUCCUCGUCUCCCAUACAGUGGUAACUCCUCCUACCACCACACAAGUCACAAUGGAACAUGAUAAAAUAAGUUGGUGGGUGACUCUACGUUGGAUCCUCUUUGUUUUAAUGUUGUGUUGUUUGGUAGGGACACAUAUUGCUGUGUGGAGGACAAAAGCUGCAAAGACAGUAUCACCGCAGCAACAGCUUUGUCAUAAAAAUGCAGGGAUCUAUAAAUGAAAGUCAGGCAACACUAAUUGUAAAUUAUGGAUUCAUUAUCAACAUGUUCAUACUGAGGCUACAAAACAAUUCCUCCAAUGGACACGGAACCAAACUGAAAAUAAGUGAAAAAGUCACUGUUAGACUGUUUUUUUUCAGUAUUUAAUGAUCCUAAUAGUAGUAAAUGGUCCUGGCACUGAAAUGAAUGAAACCUCAUUUAUUUCACUGCCAGGACCUACUAUGACUUUAGGACCAACUUUUGAAUAUCCAAUCACCUUAAAAUUAGCACCUCUGGAGAACUGAGGCUAUGGCCAGUCAUAUAGUUUGGUAUUCUGUUUGCAUUUAACAUCAGUUUCUCAGGGUUUUAGAAAAUCUGUCAAUGUUGUACUCGAACAAGCCAAAAAUCAUGCAGAAAAAAUAUUCAUGCAAAACACCUAUUUUGGUUAAUCUAAGGACAGUUUCCUCACAUUAAUAUCGUUUUACACACACUCACUUCCCUAGAAAGUCUUAUGAGAUAUAAGAUGGAAUGUUUCUGUUUAAGGUAAUUUAUGUAGACUGGUGGCUUUCAGUUGGAAGGUAAAUUAUGUUUAAAUUCUCCAGAAAAUAUUAGAUAUUCUCUAAGGGAGGCCGUGAUGAUUUGUGGUCCUUCACCAGCUGAUUUCAUUACUGUGCUGAUUGCAGCUGCAAGAUGUUAGACAGUUAUGUCUGUUGGACAUUGCAUUCAGAGAUUUGAAAGCUCCACUAUAUAGGACAGUAUAUAUUACCACUUUAUUAGACACACUCAUUAAUGCAAUAAGUGUACUUUUAAUCUUAUUUUUGUGAAGCAUAUAAUAUUAAGUUGAUAUAAUCUGAUAAGUACUGAAAUAUUUAGUCUGCUGUGGUGCUGUAUUAGCCUAUAGGUUGUUUUUGAUAUUCAUAUAUGUAAAUAGGAGUGGACUAACCAUUAGAAAUAACUCUGAGACCUUUAUCCCCCCAGCAGACUCGUGACUUGUCAUAGCAGGAAAAGCACAGGAGUUACUCAUAACAUUAACAGUCGCUCUGUUCUAUUCAAGUGUCCCAGUGAGCCAUGUGACACCAGGCUCUAAAAGUGAAACAGCUAAAUGGAAUUUAGCCAAUAUUGUUAUUAAGCCUAAUAAAAUGAUUUACACCUGUGUUUUUCAUACUGUCACACAUAUAAUGUGUAUACUAGGACUAUACCUCAAGGCCAAAACAAUACAAAACUA